UCUCUCCCUGUGCACCUGUCAUCGAAAGAGAGUAAAAGAGAGGGAAAUUUUUUUUUUUAAUUCCAAAAUAAGAACAAAAAUGGAGUCGUUUGAAUCCAACUUGAUCAAAGAUGCUCACCAAAUCGACAAUCCUCACAUCACCAAUAACGCAGAUCACGGCUGGCAAAAGGUCACCUACGCCAAGCGCCAGAGGAAGCAGAAGCAGGUGGACUCUGCUUCCUCCGCCGCAAAUGCCGUUAACGUCAAUGGAACCGUCGUCCCCAAGGAUAAGUCUAACGUCUUCCGCUCCUUGGAGCAGCAAUCUGAAGAGCGCCGCCGCCGAAUCAUCGAGUCUCAGAGAGCUGCAAUUGCCGCUGUUGAAGCUCCGGUAAGGUCGAAGCAUCGAUCCGAUGAUGAGGACGAAGAUGAGGAAGACAGCGACGAUGCUGCACUUCCCAAAGGAAAUGAGAAGGUGGAAGAGAAGAAGGUGAAGCAGAAGAAGCCGAAGAAACCUCAGGUGACUCUGGCAGAAGCAGCCGCAAAGAUUGAUUCGGCGGAUCUCGCCGCUUUUCUAGCUGAUAUAUCGGCAUCGUAUGAGGGGCAGCAGGACAUACUGCUCAUGAGGUUUGCGGAUUACUUCGGUAGAGCGUUUUCCGCAGUGAGUUCUGCUCAGUUUCCUUGGGUGAAGUUGUUCCGGGAGAAUACUGUGUCGAAAAUGAUCGAUAUCCCCUUGUCUCACAUUUCUGAUGCGGUUUAUAAAACAUCAGUAGACUGGAUUAACCAACGUUCUAUUGAGGCACUUGGUUCCUUUGUAUUGUGGUCUUUGGACAGCAUUCUUGCAGACUUAGCAAGCCAGCAAGUUGGUACAAAGGCUGCUAAGAAGGGUGUGCAACAUGUAUCGUCAAAAUCGCAGGUUGCUAUCUUUGUGGUCCUAGCGAUGGUUUUGCGACGAAAGCCUGAUGCUUUACUUAAUGUAUUGCCAACAUUGAGGGAAAGUUCAAAGUAUAAAGGACAAGACAAGCUUCCUGUUGUCGCAUGGAUGAUAGCUCAGGUCUCUCAAGGAGAUUUGACUGUAGGGUUAUACUCAUGGGCACAUAAUCUCUUGCCAAUAGUGAGCGGCAAAAGUUCUAAUCCCCAGUCCAGGGAUAUAAUUUUGCAGCUAGCAGAAAAAAUUUUGUCUUACCCAAAGGCUCGUACGAUUUUAGUGAGUGGUGCUGUUAGGAAGGGGGAGCGCUUGGUGCCACCUUUUGCACUUGAGAUGCUAUUGCGAGUAACCUUCCCUCUGCCUUCAGCUACUGUAAAGGCUACUGAGAGGAUUCUAGCAGUCUAUCCCACCCUAAGAGAGGUGGCUCUGGCUGGUUCCACAGGGAGCAAAGCAAUGAAACAAGUAGCAUUGCAGUUACUAAGUUUCGCUAUUAAAGCAGCAGGAGAAAGCAAUCCUGAGUUAUCAAAGGAAGCAGCUGGCAUUUGUAUCUGGUGUUUGACCCAGAAUAAUGAAUGCUACAAGCUUUGGGACAAGGUUUACCAAGAGAAUCUUGAAGCUAGCAUUGCUAUUCUUAAAAAAAUGUCCGAGGAGUGGAAGGAGGUCUCUGUCAAACUGGCUCCUCUUGACACUCUGAGCGUAACUGUCAAGAAUUUCAGGCAGAAGAAUGAGAAAGCACUGGCAAACGGAGAAGAUGCUGCUCGCCAGUCAUUCUAUAGGGAUGCUGACAAAUACUGCAAGUUGAUAUUGGGAAAGUUAUCCCGAGGCCAUUAUUGCACAAAAAGUAUGGCUUUUGCUGUCAUUGCAGUAGCUGUUGGGGCUGCUUUCCUUUCCCCAGAUAUGGAGUCCUUGGAUUGGAAAAAAUUAGUUGUUGUUGUCAACUCCCAAUUCUCUUCCUGAGUUGGAUGUUCCUAGUGAUAUCAUCGACCAUUGAUGCAAAGCAUCUAGUUGUUUUUAGGAUACUAGUUUUUUUCUUCAAUUUUGUACUUCUGAUCCUAAGAGGGAAAAGUUUUUCAGCUUUAUAUUUAGGGUCUAAUUUGGUGAUUCACAUACUGUACGAUAGACAUAGGCAGUUAAAUUCUUUGAGAAAUUCUUGCAGUGUCCAAGGAAAAAAAAUAUAAUUUAGGUUUCGACACUAAUCAGAUAGUUUAGUUGAAAUUGAGAAAAGUUUAAUUAUUGAUAUGAUUUAUCACUUUUAACAUUCAGUAUACAAGUAUUGUUCUAUUGUAAUUUA